GCGACAAAUAGAAAAGUAGGAGGUGCAGAAAAAUACAUCGAGUGCAGUGCGAUCAUAAUCCAAGGUUGUGAUUAUUUAUAAAUCUAUCUUGAAAGUUGAAAUGCCUCUAAAAUGAUGGCUACGUCAGGCAAACAGUUAAUGAGGAGUAAAAGUGGGCUUCGCAUGGUCAGUGUGGAGGAGAAAGAUACGAGUCCUUUCCAGUUACAAGAGCCUCCUUGGAUUCCAGACGAACAGUGUCAUUAUUGCAUGAAAUGCCAAGCCAAAUACGACCUGGUGAAGAGAAGGCAUCACUGUCGACGAUGCGGUAAAUGUUUCUGUGGGCCGUGCUGCUCGACCAAAGUUCUUCUCCCUCGAAUGAACUUUGUAGAUCCUGUCAGACUAUGCGAGGAGUGUGCAACCUUCACAAAGAAAGAAAACGAGUUCUUCAACAAGCACUUAAAAGCACUUAUGAAUGGCUGUAAUUUCUCAGUUGAGACCCUAGAAGAGGGACAAACCAACAGUUACUGCAAGCUGACAUCAAACCACAGGAAUAUCUUGUUCAACGAUGAGAAGCCUGAUAAAGACAACACCAAAACAACCAUGUGGGUUCAUGAUCCUGUAGCACUACUCAGUAUCCAGAACCUACAGAUGAUGACCUCUGAAGCAAACGUCAAUGGUCAUGUCAUCCCUAAAGCUGUGACCAUUCUCUACAAGUACAUUGAUGAGAUGAGAGAGGUUACAAUGACAGUCCCAGACGAUUCAUCCAGGAAACAGUCCAUCGCUUGGAUUGUUGCCUUACAGAAGGCUUACAAACUUCUGAAUGAAGCCAAGGAUCGCCAAGAGCUCCCAAGCCCUUAAGAAGACCAAUGGCCGUCGUCCCCAAGUACAGGAACGUUUGUGCCACUCAUCCCUGCAAAAACAUCAACUGUAAAUAUAAACUCUAUAGAUUAUUGCAGAGCAUUAAGAGGGAGCAGAGAGACAUUCUUCAUUUUGUAGACCAUGUUCACCCCGUGUCAUUUUCAGAAACAGAGACCUACGUCAGGAGAAUUAUUGGACACAGUUCAUUGAAUGGUGAACCUUUGUUGUACACAGAUAGCGGAUACUGCAGAGCUGCAAAUAUGAUGAUGGUUGUUUGAGAAGUGAUUGGACACCAUUCCAUUCCUGUCUUGCAUCAUAUCCCGAUAUCCAUGUUUCUGAAUGGUGAACCCUUUACAAAACACUGAUAUGGGAUAUUGCAAAGAGCUGUUCUAUUAUGAUGCAGUUUAGAUAAGUGAUUGGAAACCAUUCUGUUCUUGUUUUUGUCAUGAAGGCUUGUGCCUAGUGGGAAGGUAAAUAUUGACAUGGAAUAUUAUUUUGAUAUCUAUACUGUCGAUAUGUUUUUCUCGAUAUUCGUCAAAGAUAGUAGGAUCAAGGUUUUCAUUUUGUUCAGGACUCUUUGACACUUGUUGAUUCUUGGCACUCAGUAAAAACUGCCAAUUAUCAGUGUAAACAAAGAGUGAAGAAAAUAAAUAUUUAGG